AUGCCUUCGAAUCUACCAUCGAGCUUUGCCUCGGCCGCUGCUGGCCAAAACGCCAACGCGAGAGGCGGUCGAAAUGAUGGACGCGGAGUAGGCAGCGGGGAAUGGGCUCGACGUGACGGCAGACCUAACGGCACUCUGACUUUCCGACGAUCCUCGACGACCCCCGGCCAAGCGUCCCAACCCGUAGCUUCAUCCGAAAAUGCGUUCGCCACGACAAACGUCGACUCCGGCGCGAUUCCGCAGACCCCGGGUGCCGCCAGUUAUGACUACCCGUCUUCCUCACAGUACCAGAAGGAAUCAAUUCUCGGAUUGUUCAGAAACGGUGCGGCGGAAUCGGAUUCUUCCGGCGUGUUAGAACCGGGAUGGACUCCGGGACACACAAACGGAAAUGCUACGCGGGGUUGGGGCAAGAGCAAUAAUAACCAUAAUUCUCAAGAUCCCGCAGCUUGCUGGAACACCCGCGGCGAUAGCCAUCCUGUAGGCGUCCUUGGUUUAUCUGACGAGGAGGAAAAGGUGCGUUGGCUCCAAGGAACCAACAGCCAGCCAACCGAGACUGAUAUGAGACAGGCAUUCGCAUCCGAUGUCAACUCUCCUCUGAAGCCGCCUCUUCAGAAUAAGGAAGGGAACCAAGGGCCUGGACCGAAUGGACGGAAAGCUUCCCUGUCGCACGGUAGCGCCGCCGGAUAUGGACUUUCAUCUCCGGUAUCUGCUUCAAGACCGGGAACCCGACGCCGCGAGACGACGGAUUCCAAUCCCUUUGGCGGCGGUGCUCUUGCUUCACCUAGUGCUGCACGGUUUUCCCGCGACGACCCGGCGUUCUUGUUUGGCCGCAAGAAUAACGACGUGAAGGAGCAGGAGGCGGGCGACGACGAAAACCCUGGACAGGCCCAGUCCCAGUCCCAGGGCAAACCACCUUUCGGCAAUCUGACUAGGAGCAACACAACCGGAAACCCCACGAUGGGUGCCAACAUCAGCUCUCUUUGGGGAGCUUCUUCCCAGGCACCUGCCGGUGGUAGUGGCGCCGGCGCCGGCGGCGGUGGUGGUGGUGGAAUGGGCAGUUUUGGCCAGUUUGCCCUGCCGACCCCCACUUCUACGAUCGGUAGCGGAGCUCGUGGUGGUAGCCGCUUUGCCAACCUAAUCAACAAGGAGGGCACCGAAAGUUCCGCGAAACCGAACGAGGCAUCCACCCCCGAGGCAACUCGAUCCUGGCGCUCCCGCCCCCGCACCGACACCGAUCCCUUUGGAGCAGACGAUGGACUGUCGGGCAGUGCGGCUCUGGGUGGUGCCCAAGACACGAGCCCCCCCGCCAUUCCUAACCCCAGCAACAUUGGAAUGUUCGAGACGCCUGUCAAGGGAUCGACUGGGGACUUUGGCAUGUCCGGCCUGAACCUUGGCCGCCAGGCCGAGCAGGAACCUGGUCAGCAAAGCCCUGCCGAGACAAACCCUUACCGCAGCCCGCCCGCCGAUCGCGGCGAAUCCCACGACGAUGCCGGUGCUGAUAAGCCUCUCGGUGGUGGAGUUGGUGCUGAACAGAAUGCCGGCUUCAACUCUCUGUCACGUGGCUUCCCUGGUCACGCUUUCGACGGCAGUGAUCGCAGCCAGACCAGCAGUGCUGGUCCUCGUGGAUACACAUCCGGCUGGCCACUCCCCAUGUCGACGGGCACUCCUGACCGUGAGCGUGGUGGCUUCGGCGGUGUCUUUGGCAACUCACUCUUCAGCCCAAUGGGCACUGAACUUCAAUCUCCCGGUUUGUCGAGCAUCGGAGCUGGCGUCUUUGGCCCCCCCAGCGCCGGCGGCCUUGGAGGAGCUGGAACUAUUGGCAGAAGCAAGCUGGGUUCUCUCUUCCCCCCUGCUAUGCAAGCUCAGAUGCAGGGACACGAACAGGAGAACCUGAGCGAUUCGCUGCCCGAUCUGCGCCAGGCCAACCCCCUCGGCGCCAUUGGCCGCAGCAACUUUGCCGCUCAGCCGCGCGACACUGGUAGUCCUCUGCGCAGUGGUCGUGGCGGCAUCUUUGAGGAGAUGUUCCCUUCUGACCCUACCCGCACGCACAGUGGUUUCGGUGGUGCCGACCCCUCUCACGCAGGUGUCGCAGGCGUCGCAGGUGUCGGACACCCUCAAUCAUUUACUCCUGGCGCCUCUGGUGCGGACUUUGGUUCGACCCAGGUUCGUCAAAUGGUUAUGCCCGAUCGUAUGAGAUGGGUAUACCUGGAUCCCCAGGGACAGGUCCAGGGUCCUUUCAGCGGUUUGGAAAUGAACGAUUGGUACAAGGCCAACUUCUUUACACCUGACCUUAGGGUCAAGAAGGUUGAAGACCCCGACUUUGAGCCUCUUGGUCAGCUGAUCAGGAGAAUCGGUAACUCGAGAGAGCCUUUCCUGGUCCCCCAGAUUGGCAUUCCUCAUGGGCCCCCCACUCAGGCUGGCCCUUUCUCACCUGGUGGCAGCACCGGUGUUAUCCCUCCUCUCAGCGGUGUCUUCCCCAGCUUUGGCAGAACACUGACUGCAGAGGAGCAGAACAACCUCGAGCGUAGGAAGCAGGAGGAGCAGCAGGCGAUGGCUCAACAGCGAGACUUUAUGAUGAGGCAGCAGGCUAUUUCUAGACUCCAAAACCAAGGUCCUGGUGUUCCCGGUCUCCACCACCAGCACAGCGCUCACAGCCUGCAGAGCCAACCUAGCUUCGGAAGCAUCUCUUCUCCUAUUGGUGCUCACCCUCAACAACCUCCCAUCGGUGGCGGUGUUGGGCCUACCUCUGGAGGAUUCUUUGACGCUGCCAUCCAGCAAAGUUCCAACCAGGCCUCCAGCGGCGCUCAGCUCGACCACUUUCGCGAGGAAGAUCUCGCGACGCUGAACCCCAGCGAGCGCCAGAUGCUUGCCAGUGUCCAAGCCCCUAGCAACCUUGCUUCCAUGUUCACUCAGCAGCCCAUCGGCGCGCCUGCAAAUGAGAGCAGCCUUCGUAGCAACCUGCCCGGAACUGAGGAGCUCGAGCAGGACGAGGAGGGUUUCAGUGACCGCCUCAAGCAGUUUGAGGAUCUCCGCGCUGAGCAUGAUUCUCAGAAGGCUCAGGAGACGGCCCAGCAGACUGUCGAAGAGAGCCCCGAACAGGAGACUCCUGCCCCGGCUCCUGCUGCCCAUGCCACUCCCAUCAAGGAGCAGUCCAGGUCUCCCGCCCCUGGAAUGAAGGAGAUUAUGGAGGAAGAGCAGCAGUUGUCUCUGACCCAACAAGUCCAGAAGGCUCAAGCUGCUGCUGCCGCCGCCAAGAACGCCGCCGCCGGUCUUCCCAUGCCGUUCCCUCCCCCCCUGCCCACUUCUGGAACCCCUCUCCCGGCCCCUACCGCUCAGCGCGCUCGCUCCAACCUUCCUGAGCAGUACAACCGCUCCCAGACCGGAACGCCUGACACCGGCUCCGCCACCGAGCCGCCCCCGUUGGCCCCUUGGGCUAAGGAGGCUGCCAGCCGUAAGGGUCCCAGCCUGAAGGAGAUUCAGGAAGCCGAGGCCCGCAAGGCUGCCAAGGCUGAGGAGCUUGCUGCCGAGCGUCGCCGCCAGGUCCUCGAGCAGGAGGCCGCUGCUCUCCGUGAGCGCGAGAAGACUAUCGUUUCUGCCACUGGCCUCCCUACCACGAGCACCUGGGGUAACGGCUCGCCAGUCGGAGCUGCCAGCCCGUGGACCAAGCCCGGUCCUGUCAAGUCGACCCCUGGCACCAGCACUCCUGGUAAGCAGAAGACGCUCGCUGAUAUUCAGCGCGAGGAGGAACUCCGCAAGGUGAAGGCAAAGGAGAUCGCCGUCCAGACCGGCCUCGCUACCGCUGCCGCUGGCAAGCGCUAUGCUGAUCUUGGUCCCAAGCCCAACAACGGUGCCAGCCUUGCUCAGGCCAACUCCCCCGCCCCCCCUCCGGGAAGCGGCUGGGCUACCGUCGGAGCUGGUGGUAAGGUCAAGGUGCCUACUGGUCCUGCCGCGCAGACUCGCUCUGCCAGCACCGUUGGCGUGAAGCCCGCUCCUGUUGUCGCUACGAAGCCCACGCCCAAGCCUGUUGCUGCACCCAGUUCGCCCCCUGCCAAGACCGACGUCGCAAUGGACGAGUUCAACAAGUGGCUCAAUCGUGAGCUGUCCCGAGGAAUCACCGGCGUUGACAUUGACACAUUUGCCUCUACUCUCCUGAUUCUCCCUCUGGAAAGCACCAUCAUUGCCGAUGCCAUUUACGCCAACUCCAAGACGAUGCACGGACAGCACUUUGCGGAAGAGUUUAUCCGCCGCAAGAGGCUCGCCGAUAAGGGUGUCGUCGAGAAGCAGGGCACCGGCGGAGACGCUAAGGCGGGCAGUUCCUCUAGCGGAUGGAACGAGGUUGCCAAGAAGGGCGGUCACAAGGAGCCGUCCCCCGCGGGAGAUGCGGCUAUUCAGGCGGCUGGAUUCAAGGUCGUUCCUACCCGUAAGAAGGCGGGCAAGAAGAACUAG